AUGAGCCACCGAACCUCCUCCUCCUUCAGAGCGGAGAGAAGCUUCCACUCCUCCUCCUCCUCCUCCUCCUCCUCAUCUUCCUCCUCCUCCUCGGCCUCCCGGGCCCUCCCAGCCCAGGACCCCCCCAUGGAGAAGGCCUUGAGCAUGUUUUCUGAGGAUUUCGGCAGCUUCAUGCGACCCCACUCGGAGCCCCUGGCCUUCCCCGCUGCCCUCCCCACAGCCCGCCCCGCGGGGGCCGGCAACAUCAAGACCCUGGGAGACGCCUAUGAGUUUGCAGUGGAUGUGAGGGACUUCUCCCCCGAAGACAUCAUCGUCACCACCUCCAACAACCACAUCGAGGUGCGGGCCGAGAAGCUGGCGGCAGAUGGCACAGUCAUGAACACCUUUGCUCACAAGUGCCAGCUGCCAGAGGACGUGGACCCGACCUCGGUGACCUCAGCCCUGCGGGAGGAUGGCAGCCUCACCAUCCGGGCGCGGCGUCACCCGCACACAGAGCACGUCCAGCAGACCUUCCGGACGGAGAUCAAAAUCUGA